CGCAGCGCUGAAUAAAGUUUAGUCGCCUUUGCGGCGCGCGCGCGACUGUACAUGCGCUGCGGAAAAAAGUUUCUCUCUUCCAUAUACUCUACAUUGUAUAUCGUGUACGUCCGCCGACUUCAUUCAUAGGUAGAGGCAUAUAUAUAUAUAUAUAUGUAUAUAUAGUACACAGCGUGCCGCGCAGCGUCGUGAGUUCAACGCCAGGCUGCGCUCACUGCUCCGAAAUACUUGACAAUCAACUGGUUCGCAGCUGACCUUCUCGCGCACGCAGUGGAGAACGUCUAGCUGCCGCUCCGUGUGUAUCCAUCUACGGACUGUGACCCACUCGUCGUGCGCGUACAGUGCUCGCGAAAUUUAAGCUGCUUCGGUGAGCAGCAGCGGCUGGAGAACUGUCAUACUCGCGGUCAACUCGCGGGAAAAACCACAGAGACGAGUCAGCAGCAGCGAGGAGGAUAAAGAAACGCUCCGCUGCAGUUUGUACAGUGUACGUGUGUUGUGGGCAUAAGUGGCGACGCGCGCACGUGGUUCUUAUUUCCCAUAAGUAUAAAGGAGAGACGAGCACCUCCGUAUCCAGCAUCGAGAGACGUUCGGUCAGGUUUGAGAACCGCUGCGCCGCGCCGCAGAGAAGAGAGAAAGAGAGAGAGAGAGAGACACACAGCGCGAAGGCGAGCAGCAACAAGUGGCCGCAGACUCCGGGAUCGAAAACAUGCCUGAUGCAGCAGCAGGUAUUAUCCGCAGCGGCGAUUGAGCUGGCGCGAAAAUCCUGCCCACUGCGCCUCGAGUUUUUCCGACAGCCGAGCGGUGUCCUUUUUAACGCGCAUCAACCGAUCGAGGAAGCUGCCGACUGCACCAUUACCGAUCGCGUACAUUAUUGAUUCGCGGAUAUUUUCCGUUCUUCGUACGGGUAUUCCAGAAUUUUUACCGUUUCGCCGCGUCGCAACUUUCUAGUGUUCUAGUAACGCGAACGAGUGUACGCGCGAGACAAAGAGUCGCUUUAUUGAUUGUUACAGUAUUAACGAAGAGAAAAAGAAACCGAGGGAAAGCGUCGUGUCCCGAGAACGAUAAGAGCUCGUCCACACGGAUAUCAGGUCCGCUUGCUAAAGUUACGCGAACUUUAUCAGACUCGGACUUUCUCUCUCUCUCUCUCUCGAAAGCGAAUCUGGUUUCGGAAGCGAGAAGGACCUCGCGCGAGGACACGCGAUACGUUAUUAGCCUUGAGAGUCGAAUAGAGGAGAUUUUAUAAAUCACAUGCGAUCCGCGUAUUAAUUCUCCUGCUGUUGUGUACACGCGUAGUUAAAUCCCGCAGCAGAGUCCACGGAGCGAGACGCAUGUGCAUCGUUCCGGUGCACUUUCGUUUUUCGCGCGCGGGGAAAUCGAUGCUCGGACCGCUCAGUCGACUGCUGCACGCUCGCUGCGUUCGACGCGGAAUUACAUAGUAUAUACCGAGUUUGUACACUGCGGUUUUUCCGAUCGAAAAACACGCAGCGUUAUAUCGCCUGCUGCAGCGCUAGUACCGCAAGCUGAGGCUGUUCAUUAAGCGUCUACCACUCCCACGAUGAGUAUCACGUGAACCGCAGUCCGCGAGUCCCACAGUCAGCAGCAGCGAGCAACCGAACGAGGAUGUCGGCGGAGGUCGAGGCCAACAGUCGGCGCAACCGCGCCUGGUGCGCCAAGAUGGUCGAGUACCUGCGCAGCGGCCGCAAUCGGAUCAGCCCGGGAGUCGUCGAGCUGCCGGACUGCGACUUCUUCAACGUCGCGCCCCGUCGCACGCUCCGGGUCCUGCGGCCGGAGCUCAAGAGCGAGCGCUUCUACGAGCCCCCGACGCCCCGGGAGAGGCCCGAGUCCAUCAACGACAACUUCUACUCGCGCUGGGCCAGGCGGCCGCAUCCCUCGGGCAACUGCAGGUGCUCGUUCCGGCAGUCGGCCAACAGCAGCCGACUCAGCAGCCACGAGGAGCAGAUCAUCUCGCAGGAGAUCCAGAGGAUCCGCUCGAGCCUUUGCGAGGCCGAGAAGACCGGAAAGGACAUCGAGGAGCUCGAGAGGAGCCUGAGCGUCGACCUGAGCCAACUCCAGGGCUCCAAGGACGAGACCGACCGAGUCGAGCAGAGCAGCGCGCCGGCGACGCCCGAGCGAAACCUGGAAGAGCACGUGAAGAAGAAGAUAGUGAAGGACUUGGAUAGGUACAUCAGCGAUCUACUGGACGAGAUUUUGAACGAUACCAUCAGAGCCAUCGCCAAGGCCGAGCGUCCUUUCGACCGCGAAAGGAGGGAAUUCUCGCAGUCGGCCGCGGCGGAGGGGGCGACCCCGGCUACCUUCGACAUCAGCUUCGCCUUCCACAGCAGCGACGAUGCUCGGGACAAAGCCGGCGAGUCCAAGGAUGGCAAAGUCGACGCCAAGGCGGAGGAUCAGGGCUACGUCAAUCAGGGCUUCGUGGGCUCGGCCAGCGACCCCGACGCCCUGGACUUCCACCUGAGGCGACGACUCAACGGCGAGGCCAUCCUGGAGAACAUCGACUCGGGCAUCAACAGCGUCGAGACCGUCGAGCUGCAGCCCGAGCAGGAGCAGGAGCAGAAUCUAGAGCAGUCGCUGAUCGACAUCAUCGACGCGAAGCUCGGCGGCACCUCCAUCGGCAAAUCUCUGGAGGAUCUCGGCAUGGAAAUCGACGCCAGCCACGAUGCGAAAGUCACCUCAGCGAGAGAGCAAGUGUCGGUCGAGGUACAAAGCCAAACAGCCCCGGAGAGGAAGGUAGAUUCGCAGGUGACGAAGCCAAAGGCGGAGGAUCAGAAAAGGGUGACGAUAAAGGAGACACCUGUGAAUUCACCUGCGGAGCGCUCCUCGAAAUCUCUAGAUGACGUGAUAGAGGAGCCGUUCAACAGUUUGCGCCUCGAGUUCAAGCGCGACAGCUCCAAUAACAAGGACGGCGAGGAUUCCAAGCCGACAGUCGCGACGAGCAACAAUGUCACCUCCAGAGUCAACAAGACGGUGUCGGUGAUCCGCAAGCGGAUCGCCACGAGGCUCCAAGGCAACUCGCGCCGAAAGCCCGGUAAGAAGAAGAAACCCGGAGUCGCAGCUAACCACAACAACAGCAGCAGUGGCAGCAGUAACAACAACAAUAACGAGACGCCGUCAUCGAGCAAAUCGAGCAAAUCGAAAUCGUCGACGCGAUCGUCGCUCGAGCUCGAGGAUUACCGGAGGCGCUUCCCCGUGCCGGAGACCAAUCGCCGGCACUACUUCAAGCCCGUGGACGAGGCCGGCGAUGAAGUAACGCUGCGUAAUCGCAGCCGUAAGCCGAUGAUCGUCUUCCUUCACGGCUUCGGCUCCUCGGCCGAGGUGUUCGAGCAGCAGCUGCAAUACUUUGCCGAUCUCGGCUAUCCGUGCAUCGCACCAGAUUUACUCGGCCAUGGGAUGAGCUCAGCGCCGAACCGCCGCGCGGAUUAUCACUUCGGCAAAUUGCUCAAGGAUCUCGAAACUCUGCUGCUGCAUUACGCGUUCAAGCCCGGCCAGAAGUGCGUGCUCGUCGCCCACAAUUACGGGUGCAGUUUUGCGACAGUCCUAGCGAACAAGUACACCAGCAACGUGCACCAGUUGGUGCUGAUCUCGGGCGGCGGUCCAACGCCUCUGGCGCCUCCGCUGUCCGAGGGUCCGGGUCACUGCUGUCUUCGCGCGAGUCUGGCGCCACUGCUGGUCUGUGGAAUGAACCGCGCUGUCCUCUACUCGGCUCGCGGUCGUCAGCAUCCCUACUGCGGCGGUGAACUACUCCCAGAGCAGUGGCCCUCGCACAUGAGGCACGUGCUCCACGGCAUGACCUGGCCCGAAGGCGACUACGUCUUCCACCGCAGGAUCUGCACACCUACGCUUCUCGUCCACGGACUUCGAGAUAACAAGGUGUCGCUCGUGCAGGAGUGUCAAAUGGAGAGGACUAUGAUCAAGGCAUUCCUGGAGGCUAUUCCAGCAGCGGGUCAUAUGCCGAUGACCGACUGUCCGGAACAGCUGAAUCACAUGAUCCAUUGCUUCAUCGACUUGUGGAAAAACAAGAAGUGGUGAACUCAUUCGGAAUGCUUGAGACGCUGGUAAAACUGGAAACCGGUGAUCUGACGUGUAAUCAGUCGUUUAACGAGAAAGAGAUCGUGCCAAAAUAAGCAAAUCGAACAUAUAUCCGUCAGUAUAUUAGAGUACACACGGAACGAGAGUUCAACCCUCGUACUAAUAGCAGUAGAUAUUUUCAAAACUUUGGAUUCAUGCCGAGAGAAACAUUCCUCGCAUAUGAAAAAUUUGUAAAAACUGUUGUUACAUGUGUAUGGCAUGUUGAGAGCUAUUUUGCAACUAUUUCAACGAGUGUUUAACGUUGUAAUUGUACGAGAUUUUAACUUUCCCAGUACUGUAACGCUAUUUUGUAUGCUUUUACGAAAAAUUUAUAGCUUUAAGGUUGUGUACGUUUAACAAGGUUUUCGAACUGUCCUACGCUAUUAGAGUUCUACAUAAAACAUUAGGGCGACCAAUCGUCAAACGCAUGCAAAUCGUACCAAAGAUGUGAUUUUUUUUUAUACAUAAUAUUAUUAUAUACUCGACAUGUAUUCUACGGCAUCGAAGCAUAAAUUAUUCCUUUGCAAUAAAAUUGUGUUUGGACAUUCA